AUGCGUAGAUCCACCUCUGAUCAGGAUGAAGUGGAGGCGGAAGAACACGACGAAGAAUAUGAAACAGAAGAGGCGGAAGAUGACGCAGAAGAGGGUUGCGAGCCGGCACUCGGUCGUGACGCUCUGCCGCCUGAGGAAGCAGACGAAAGAGCUCGUGUCCUCGAGAGUCUGAGAGAAGGAAGGCGACAGAUUAAAGAAGAAGGGCGGGCGCUGUUGGAGUCUGGCGCAGAUGAGACGCAGGGGCUCUCGUGUCUCCCUCAGGCUCCAUGGAGCAGGUUCGUGAGAGACAAGGCGCGUCCGGCUGAGGUCGAGGAGGAAGACGAGGAUGGCGACACAGUCGAACAGGACGCGAGACCGCACCGCCAAUCGUCGAAAGCUGAGAGGGGAGAGCACGAUGGUUUGGAAAGAGACACAGAUCCUGUAGGGACGGGGACGCGGCUGCCAUCGCCGCGUCGAUCACCUCCCCAGAAGCUGAUUCGCCAAGAAGGUCAAUUUCCUCGCAUCUGCCUCUUGGGGCGACCGAACGUCGGCAAAAGCAGCCUCUUCAACAAACUGAAAGACAAAGAAGAUCUUGCAGCAGACGCGAUCGUUCGCGAUGAAGACGGCACCACCCGCGACCGGCACUACGCGUUCUCAGUCUGGCGAGGCUGCCCCUUCGUCGUAGUCGAUACUGGCGGGCUUAUAUUCGAAGAAGACCGCUAUGCCGCGGCGCUCUACGCUGAGGAGAUUCGCACGCAAGUGCAAUUUGCUCUCGCGGAGGCUACAUGUGCCAUCUUCGUUGUCGACGGCCGCCACGGCUUGGCCGGAGAGGACGAAGUCAUUGCCGACUUCCUGCGGCGCGCGGGCACGCCGGUCGUCGUGUGCGUCAACAAAACGGAGAACUAUCAGUCCGGUCACGCCUCUGCGCAGGAAUUCUGGAAACUCGGCCUCGGACAGCCUUUCCCUUGCAGCGCGAUCGAAGGCGUCGGCCUGGCUGACCUGUUAGAUGCCUGCUUUGAGCACUUUCCCCCCGAUGCCAGGCGGUCGUCUUCGCGCGCCAGCCGAGCGCAGCGAGAGACUGAAAGGGGCGAGAAAACGCGCGACGCACCCGAUUACGCCGAGGCUGCCGGACCAUCGAGGCAGAGGACGGAUCGGGACGCUCUGUCGCAGCUGGUCUUUUCCACCUUUGCGAAGGAAGAUGUGAAUGUGGCGAUUGUCGGCAGACCUAAUGUGGGCAAAUCACAGUUACUCAAUCGCCUUCUCGGUGUCUCAAGGAGUCUCGUCAGCCCCGAAGCAGGCACGACGCGAGACGCCGUCGACGAGCUUGUCGAACGAGACUCAGUGGUCUAUCGCCUCGUCGACACUGCGGGGAUUCGGCGGGCGCGUGUCGUGAAGGCCCAACAGGGCACCGAGUUUGUCAUGGUGAAGCGGGCGGAAAGAGCUCUCACGAGGUGCGACGUCUGUCUCCUCGUCUGCGAUGCCGAACGCGGUCUCGUGAAGCAAGACGUCCUCCUCGCGAAACGCAUUGAAGAAGAAGGCCGUGCGGCAGUCAUCGUGAUGAACAAAUGGGAUACAGUCGACACAGAGGCGACAGCGCACCACGAGGUUGCGACUUACAUUCGUUCAGUGUUCUAUCCACUACGAUGGGCGUCAAUCGUUUGCGUCUCUGCCUUGACCGGGAAAAAUGCGUCCAGUAUCUGGCCGGCAAUCAACGAGGCCUUUCAACAGGUGUCUAUCCAGCCCCCAACUAUUGUCGUGUUCUGCAACAAGGCCGAGUAUUUCCCAGACGUUUAUCGGCUCUAUCUGGACUUCUCGACUCGCACGGCUUUCAACUUUCACUUCACGCCCAUCAAGUGGCUGUUCCGCGAGAAGCGCCGGCGCGAACUGGAGAAGGUGAGUCGGUCCAAGUCGCCUUAA